UCUCGCUCUCCCUGUCGCCCCUUACACUUGUGUCCCUCUCGCCGCCCUACUUACUCGCCGUGUCGCUCACCCACCAUCUCGCAUGCCCGAACAAACCCGUGCAUGACCCCUCAGACCCGCUGACCGCGCAGUACCCGUACUCGCCGUGGCGUGUUUGUACCGGUGCUGGUAUGGGUCCGGGUCCGGGUCGAGGGUCGAGUCUGGCACAUGCGAGCCCGACAGAUGGUCGACACGCAUGUUCCUCAUCUCGCGGACGCUGCGCCACAUACCGCGGAUGGACCCACCAGCAUCGAAGGAUCAGCCGCUUACAGAUACGGAUCACGAACCGAUGCGCACUGGUAUGACGCGAGCCAAUUCGCCAUACAUAACGUGCCCAAGCCCGGUACGACACAACUCAAUGAGCAGCAUUGCGACAAGCAAUACUCCACCAGGCACCCGGCGCGGCAUGCAAGGGCCUGCCGAGCCCCAGCUCGACGCGCAUAGGCCCGUGAAGGAUGAGUGUGCCGCACCGCAGCCCAAGGAGCUCGGCCGCCGAGUACGAACACAACAAGUGGGGGAGCGAGUCCGCCACGUACAUUCACUGGGCAGAUGGUAGCUCGUACAAGCGUACAAUUAGCAAGCACGAUUUUGUACAGUAGUAGCAAUCAAUAGAAUAUGAUUGAAUUGA